AUGGCACCUAACAUCACCACCGUCACUGUGAAUGGCACCACUGAGCAGCCCAAAGGUCGCAGUGGACUUGCCUUUGUGACCUUCCUUGCAGGGAACGGUGAUUACAUUAAGGGUGUUGUGGGUUUGGCCAAAGGUUUGAGAAAGGUCAAAAGCAUGUACCCUUUGGUGGUUGCUGUGUUGGCCGAUGUUCCCCAAGAACACCGUGACAUUCUGAAAUCGCAAGGUUGCACUGUCAGGGAGAUUGAACCUGUGUACCCGCCCGAGAAUCAGACAGAGUUCGCCAUGGCUUAUUAUGUCAUCAAUUACUCCAAAUUACGUAUUUGGGAGUUUGUGGAGUACACCAAGAUGAUAUAUCUGGAUGGUGACAUCCAGGUUUUUGGAAACAUUGAUCACUUGUUUGAUCUUCCUGAUAACUAUUUCUAUGCUGUCAUGGAUUGUUUCUGCGAGAAGACUUGGAGCCACAGCCCUCAGUACCAGAUUGGUUACUGCCAACAGUGCCCUAAUAAGGUUGAAUGGCCCUCUCACUUGGGUUCCAAACCUCCUCUAUAUUUCAACGCUGGCAUGUUCGUGUAUGAGCCUAAUCUUGACACUUACCGUGAUCUUCUUCAAACAGUUCAAAUCACCAAGCCCACUUCUUUUGCUGAGCAGGACUUUCUGAACAUGUACUUCAAGGACAAGUACAAACCUAUACCAAACUUGUACAAUCUUGUACUGGCCAUGCUGUGGCGUCACCCCGAGAAUGUUGAACUUCACAAAGUUCAAGUGGUUCAUUACUGUGCUGAUGGGUCUAAGCCUUGGAGAUUCACUGGGAAGGAGAAGAACAUGGAGAGAGAAGAUAUCAAGAUGCUUGUGAAGAAGUGGUGGGAGAUAUAUGAAGAUGAGACUCUUGACUAUGAUCACAACAACCCUGUGAAACGUUUCACUUCAGCACUAUUGGAGGCUGGUGGAGCUCCACUUGUGUCAGCAUCUACUGCUGCAUAA